CACUAUUUUACCUUUCAAAUAUAAUUGAAACAUUCAAUAGUCAAUCUAUUCUUCACAAAUGAACAUUCAUUGAAACAUUGAAUUUGUCUUGAUGUUAUUUAAUUCAAUUGAAUGAUUACAUUAAAUAGAUAUUAUGUAAUAUGAUGAUUUUAAUAUAAAAAAAAAUUAUUUAUUAUGAAAUAAUGACUUCAAAAAUGCAUAAUGAUGUUAUGAAUGGAUUAAAUCAAACAGGAAGUACAAAUAUAACAUCAUUAAUUGUUCGUGAACGUCUUAAACAUUGUGUACUUAAUAAACGUAAAAGUAAAGAACAAGGGAUUGGUAUAGUUGGCAGUACAUCAUCUAUGACUGGAAUGAUACAACCGGUAAAUACUAAAGAUAAUCCUAGUGAUAAAGAUGUCUGUCAAGAUAGUAAAACUAUAACCUCAGAAUUAGUUAAAUUGAAUCAAGUGAAAAAUGAAUCAGAUGAUUAUAUAAUAACCGAUAAAUGUAUAGAUUAUAAUCAAAAUGUGAUGAGUGAUUGUAUUAUUACUCCAUUGAUAGGUGAUAUUGAAAAUGUUCCUUCUGGAAGUCAUAAAAGUUUAUCAAAUCAAAUCACUUCAUCAUUAUCAUCAUUGAAUACUAACAAUAGUAAUAAUAAUAAUAAAGUGAAUAUUUUUAAUCAGACACAACCGUAUCAUUUCAGUCAAGAGAGUGAUCCAAAUUAUGUGAACUUUCAAAGUUUACAGACAUCGAUUAUUGGUGCGAAUGUUUGUAGUAAUCUGAUUAUACAACAUAACAGUCUACAUAAUCAUCAUCAUCAUCACCCUCAUCAUCACCAACAACAACAACAACAUAAAGUGACUGGUGAGAAUCUGAGAAAAACAGUAUCAGAGCCAAGUUUAAAAAUGCGUAGUGGUUCAGGUGGAGUACAAAAAAGUCGAUAUAAACCAGAUAGACGUUAUUUUAGUGCAAAUUCAGCUACAGCUGCAGUUGCAGCUGCUACAAUAGCUGUAUCAAAUGAUCCAUUAUCAGUUGUAAGUCUUUGGCCACAAUUAACUUCAGCAUUUCAACAUGCAAAUCUAGUACAAAAAACAAUUGGUAAGAAAUCAAUAUUACCGCCACCAUUGACACCAUCAACAACAACAACAACAACGCAACAACAACAAGAAAUCAGUGGUAAUAGUGUGCCAUCAGUUGAUACUGAUGAACACUUAUCUAAAUGUGAAACACAACCAUUGAUAUCACCUUUAUCAAAAACGUUACAAGAUGUCAUUUUAACAGAAUUUAUGAAAAAUAAUCCACUUACCACUUGUUAUACUGAUUCACAAAUAAUCGAUACUAUAAAUCCAUUAGGUGAAUCAAAUAUAAGUCAGUGUAUAUUUAAUUCAAUAACCAAUGGAUUUUGUUCAAGUUUACCAAAUUUAACAGGACAAUCUCAACGAUCUUUACAACGUAAUAAUCAUUCAAAUAUGAAUAAUACAAUUACAAUGAAUCAAUCAACAAAUAAAUCAACUCCAAUUAAUCAUAAUGUUACUGAAUCUACUUACGAUUUGACUGAAUUGAGUCAACAAGAUACAACUAUGUCAGAUGUUAAUCAUUCAACAGAUAACCAUGAUGAAUUACAUGAAGAUUUAAAUAAAAAUAAUCAUAUAUUUCCAUAUCGUAGACAUCAAUCUAUUGGAUUACUUAGUCGAACAAGAUCAGCUCCAUUAAGUUUAGCUACAGGUUAUACAACAAAUCGACAUUAUCAAUUACAUAAUCUUACCGGUGUACACAAUUCAGUAAAUCCAGCAACAUCUGUCACAUCAGCAGCAAAUAUUUUAGCUAUGGAAGCGGCAGCAUCAAAUUUUACUAAUCAAUCACAGAAUUAUUCAAUUAAUUCUAAUCAAUUAACUAUAGAUAAUAAUUUAUCUGAAAAAAAUAAAAAUGUACAGUCAACAAUAGACACUGAAUUAUCAUCAAGAAGUAAAGUUGUCUUACAGUUACGUAAAAAGAUUUUAGAGAGAUCAGAAUUUUUGACCUCAGAUCGUUCAGGUGUGAACAGUUUGGAUUCUAAUGCAUGUCUUUCUCGACCAUUGAAUCAGUCAAAUGGACGUGGAAAUCCACUACUGGAAAGAACAGCUUCAAGCCCGGUCGUUAAUAUGGCCCCAACACUGAGACCAGAAACUGUACCUGAGGCAACAUUCACUACAGUGUUAGCUUACGAUUUAGGAAUGCUUGCACAUCAUUGUACUUGUCAAACAGAUGCCAAUCACCCAGAGAAUCCACAAAGGUUAAUUUCGAUUUGGCAAAGGUUGCAACAAACUGGUCUGGCUGCUCAGUGUCACCAUCAGCCCGGUAGAAGAGCAUCACUAAUCGAAUUACAACUUGUCCAUAGAGAUGUUUAUACAGUUCUGUUUGGUAGUAAUCCAGCAAGUAGAUGUCGAAUUGACCCAACUCUUUUAGCUACAGUACGUUUGUGUAGAUUACCGUGUGGUGGUGUCGGUGUGGAUUCUGAUACUGCUUGGCACACAGCUGGUCAUACAGCUCAUGCAGCCAGAUUGGCAGCUGGAUGUGUUGUUGAUUUAGCGUGUCGUGUAAUACUUGGACAGUGUCCGAAUGGGUUCGCUUUAGUAAGACCACCAGGACAUCAUGCAGAACCAGGUCAAGCGAUGGGAUUUUGUUACUUCAAUUCUGUAGCGAUAGCAACAAAAAGAGCUCAGUUUCUUGGCUCAGCAAAACUAGGUGGCGAACAAUGCUCUGUUAUCCCUUCAUUAACAAGUACAUUCUUCGACCAGUCCGCUUUCCUUCCUUACACUAUGGAACCCACACUGAAGCCAAGAAUUUUGAUAUUGGACUGGGAUAUUCACCAUGGAAAUGGAACACAGACAGUUUUCUACACCGAUCCAACUGUACUGUACAUUUCAUUGCAUAGGCAUGAUGAAGGAGGAUUUUUCCCUGGGACUGGAUCACCUGAAGAAAUAGGUGCUGGUCCUGGUGAAGGAUAUACGAUUAAUAUUGCCUGGCCACCAGGAAUAAUUAUGUCUGAUGCAGAGUAUCUGGCGGCAUUCCGUUUGAUUGUUCUACCUGUCGCUUGUGAAUUUCAACCAAAUCUUGUCUUAGUUUCUGCAGGAUUUGAUGCAGCUCCAGGCCAUUCAGCCAAUCUUGGUGGUUAUUCUGUCAGUCCAGCUGCUUUUGGUUGGAUGACACGCUUGUUAUCAGUUGACCGAAUUGCUAAUUCAAAGGUAGUUUUGUCUCUGGAAGGAGGCUAUGAUUUAAACAGUCUCUGUGACUGUACAGAAGCUUGUGUACGAGCACUACUACAGUCUGCUGCUGAAAUAAAUGAAAAAAACUCAGUACCUAUCACGGUUCCUGAUUUACUUCCUUUGAAACAGUCAGAAUUGGAUCGUUUACCUCAUCCUGCAGCAAUACAAACAUUACUGAAAGUUGCACAUCUACAUUCUCCCUAUUGGACUUGUUUCUCUAAAGAAAUCAAUACAGAGUAUGCAUCACUACCAGCGAGUGGAUGGCUACCAGUAGUAUUUGACAAGUCAUUAGAAACAAAAAAAUUCAUGAAUUCAGUUGCAGAUCAAUGUUCAACAGUUACUACAACAAACUUUAAUCGACGUUUGUUUAAACCAUUAGGUAAACAAGUCACAUUAGAUGAAGAUUUUAAUAUUUUUCCAUGUAAUACAAGUGUAGAAAGCAAUCGAUCAUCUAAUUUUGCUAUACGACAAGCUUCUUCAAUGGAUGAAGCAACAGAAAUGACAGAGAUGAAACAGAAUUUCACUAGAAGGAGAUCAACAACUGGUAUUCCAGUCUCAAUCAACGAUACUAAACAGUUAGUGGAUACAAAUGAAACAAUAACACGAAUUGCAUUAGCACGUUUAGCUGAACUACAUGUAACACAAAAUCAUGAUUAAAGCUGAAUGAAUUUCAGAUAAUUUCAAUAGAAUAUACUACCUAUUAAGGUUGUGAUAUUGUUUGUUUUAUUUACAUAUAGUCAUGACAAUUAAACGAAAGAUGAACUUUACACAAAACAGAUUAUAAUUAUUAUCAAUAUGAGAAUAAAAAGAGAAAUUAUUUUGGAUUAAAUCAUAUUAUUAUGUAAACUUUCCAUUUCAGUAAUCAGCUGAAUGUCUGAACAUCUACACUGUCCAUGUGUAUGUAUUAUCUCUGUAAAUAACAAUAAUAAUAAUAAUGAUGGUAACAAUAAUAAUAAUAAUAAUAAUUAGUAACAAGCCAGAGAAUCCAGAUAAUCAUUCCUUGAAGACAUCUGAAGGAUAUUUAACUACCCGGUGCCUUAAAAUAUGAGAAAUUUUAUUUGAAUCAAUGCCCUACCUCUAUCUACAGUCCAUAUUCAAUGUUCAAUAUACAG